UGUUUAAAGAUGGCGGCGGAGGAGCCUCAGCAGCAGCAGCAGCAGCAGCCGAAGCCGGAGCCGCUCGGAGGCGACUCCGAAGGAGUUAACUGCCUGGCCUACGAUGAGGCCAUCAUGGCUCAGCAGGAUCGCAUUCAGCAAGAGAUCGCUGUCCAGAAUCCACUGGUCUCAGAGCGCUUGGAGCUUUCGGUUCUGUACAAGGAGUACGCCGAAGAUGACAACAUUUAUCAACAGAAGAUCAAGGAUCUGCACAAAAAAUACUCAUUCAUCCGGAAGACCAGACCCGAUGGCAACUGUUUCUACCGAGCCUUUGGCUUCUCCCACCUGGAAGCCCUCCUGGAGGACAGCAAGGAGUUGCAGAGGUUUAAAGCCAUCUCUGCCAAGAGCAAAGAGGACCUGGUGUCCCAGGGCUUCACCGAGUUCACAAUUGAAGACUUCCACAACACGUUCAUGGACCUGAUCGAGCAGGUGGAGAAGCAGACCUCGGUGGGCGAGCUGCUGGCCUCCUUCAAUGACCAGAGCACUUCAGACUACCUGGUGGUCUACCUGCGGCUCCUCACCUCCGGCUACCUGCAGCGGGAGAGCAAGUUCUUCGAGCACUUCAUCGAAGGCGGGAGGACCAUCAAGGAAUUCUGCCAGCAGGAGGUGGAGCCCAUGUGCAAGGAGAGCGACCACAUCCACAUUAUCGCGCUGGCCCAGGCCCUCAACGUCUCCAUCCUGGUGGAGUACAUGGACCGGGGCGAGGGCGGCACCACCAAUCCCCACGUCUUCCCCGAGGGCUCGGAGCCCAAGGUCUAUCUACUGUACAGACCCGGACACUACGACAUCCUCUACAAAUAGGUGUCGCCGCCCCUCCUCUCCCUCCCCGCCCACCCGCCUCCCCUCCCCUCCCCUGCUCACAGGCGUUAGACAUGUACAGAGGUUUUUUUUUGUGGUUGUAAAUGGUAAUAUUUCACUUUUUUUCCCUUUCUCCGCUCCCCCCAUCCCAUCCCACAUGACCCUGCGUGUUUUAUUAAAGGGGAUGCUGGCGGUGA